UAGUCAGUGACAUAUGGUUUCUCUCCGUUGCUUUGCUCCCACCUGUCUUACAAAAUCUGAAUUGCACUCACGAGCUCUUGCUUUGUUAUGAGGACCUUUAUUGUCCUCUUUUUGAGUUAUUUUAAAAUGACUCCACGGAUGAGCAAAAACGUGUUUCAUAAUGUAUUUUUAUUAUUUGUAAGGUUUUUACUGUUAAUAUUAUGAUUUCAUGUCUAAGGAAGCCUUUUCCCCAAAAAAUUAAAAUGACUUUCUAAAUAACUUACUCUGAGAGACAGGCACAGAAAUCUUGAAAUCUUGCGCCUGAAUAUUAUCGUAGGAAAUCAAAGUCAAGGUCAUGUGAUCAUCGUCGUGAUGCUGAGCGGGUGGGACCUGGAUGGAGAACAAGGUUGCCGGUGGUCGCGUCGCUGUGGUGGGGGGAGCCAUCCUGAGCGCCUGCCUGCCUGCGCUGAGCUGCGCUCACUGACCGGGGACAAUCGACGUAUGAGGCCGGCCUCCGCGGGCCAAGCGCGCCGCCGCAGAGGAUGAACGCGGCGGCCGACGUCUCGUCGUCUCUUUUCGGCUUUUUGUCUGCUGCGCCUCGACGGGAGGGAGUCGUGGCCCCGCUUCAGCUGCCUCAUAUUCGGCUUGCGCUGCUUUCGCCGUCGCUAUGUGACGCGCGCAUCGCCUGCUGAUCGUGUGCGCGCCUGCCUCCAGAGCCACAAUGGCGAACGACGCGCAGGAAAUAUCGCCUGACUUCGUGCUCAUGCGCCUGGUCUCCGCCGCCGAGGAGGACCGUCCGGACGCGGAGAGCGGCGCCGCGCCGCCGGGGGGGGUCGCGGUGGCUGGGCUGGGCCGGGAGGCGCUGGCUCACAAAGCGGCCUUGGAGCUCAGCCGAGACGCGGGCCUCGAGCGGAACAAAGCCCCGGCGAGCGGCGGCCGCGGUCGUGGCCCGGCUGCACCUGACGUGCCGUGUGCUCCUCCCAGGCCGCUGAGCCCCGCGCAGGCCCCGGGAUGCGAGUUCGGCCCCGGUCUGCGGCCUCAGCUGCUGGUCUUCUCGGACCUCGUGCGGAGCGGGGACGGGAUCUUAGAACUGAACGAGCGCAGGACUUCUCUGGGCUUGGACCUGCAGAACCCGGGGGCAGGUUGCUCCGAGCCGACCCUCAGUAACAACACCGGGACCCCGGAAGAGGUCCAGCAGCAUAUGGAGCAACUGGACGGGACCUGGGGCGCGCGUCCUCCGGUCCCUGGGUCAACAGAGCAGCAAGGAUCUGCGGAAGUGUGCCACGGACACCGACUCCUGGCCGGCCCGCCCAAGUGGCCCUCGCUGUCGGUAGGCUCCACCGGGUGGACGUGCACCGGCCGGGACCGAGAGGGGGCCGUGUUGGAGCUCGCCCGGAGGUUCGGGGAGCUGGGGGUGGGCGCGGUACCAAAGAUGCUCCUCAAAGCGGGCGAGCUCCCGCAUUGCGCGUGUCAGAGACCACACGCGCCGGGCGAGGAGGACGGCGACGACCCGGCCGUCACCAGCGACGCUCUGCUGGUUCUGGAAGGGCUGGGCCUGCAGGACCAGAGUCCGGACGACCGAGAGCGGCAGCGACACUUUUUAGUCGGCACGAAACCAGAACUCGAAAUGAGUUCCUUUCGGGCGGAAGUGACGGAGGAGGAGGAGGUCAGCAGCGGCGGGCGAUCCCGAGUGGCCGACCCUCUUUUACAGGCCUCCCCUUGGACUGGCAGCCAGGCGUCCACCCCCCGCAGGAGACCGGAGAGGUGCGCCAGUGCCCCGCGGACCCCAGGCGCGGCGGCCAAGACCGCCAAGCCCAAGAAGGGUUCGCUGAGGGUCCGCUUGAGCAGGUUGUUUCGCACCAAGAGCUGCAGCGGCUCCUCGCACCUGCUGGACCGGGACCGCAGGACCCCCGUCGGGGGGCAGGCGGACGCGCACUUGAGCGCGUCUGGACCUGCGCUGGACUCAGACAGCCUGGAGCACGAGGCCAGCCGUCUGAGCCGCGCCCACAGUGCCUUCUCCCCCACCUCCCUGGCUGCCUUCACAGGUGAGACGGUGUCUCUGGUGGAUGUGGACAUCUCUCGGCGAGGGACCGCCAACACGCCUCACCCGCCCACGCCGCCGCCUCCACCGCGACGAAGUCUCAGCCUUUUAGACGACAUCUCGGGUCCCCAGUCGGGCGGCUUCCUGUUGAGCGUGAUGGGCGCGUCCUUGCAGUCCCUCCCCCUGCCACUCCCCCCACCCGCUCCUCCCUCGCACGCCACCAUGCAUCACAGCCUCAGCCUCAACGACGCUUUCCUGCGGGUGCUUCCUCAUUCCAACCCAUCACAGGCCGACGCGCCGCCUUCCUCCAGCCAGGCCCCGCCGCCCAUGCUCUGCGCCCUCCGACGCUCGGAAGCCAGCAACUUCACUGCCAGCCUCAGAGAGCUGGAGAAGUGUGGCUGGUACUGGGGUCCGAUGAACUGGGAGGACGCAGAGAUGAAGCUCAAGGGCAAACCCGACGGAUCUUUCCUGGUCCGAGACAGCUCCGACCCGAGAUACAUCCUCAGCCUCAGCUUCCGCUCGCAGGGCGUCACGCACCAUACUCGCAUGGAGCACUACCGCGGCACGUUCAGCUUGUGGUGUCACCCCAAGUUUGAGGACCGCUGCCACUCGGUGGUGGAGUUCAUCGAGCGCGCCAUCAUGCACUCCAAGAACGGAAAGUUUCUCUACUUCCUGCGCUCCAGAGUACCAGGACUUCCUCCGACGCCGGUACAGCUUCUGUAUCCCGUGUCUCGCUUCAGCAACGUUAAGUCUCUGCAGCACCUCUGCAGAUUCUGCAUACGCCAAAUCGUGCGCAUCGAUCACAUCCAACAACUUCCACUGCCCAGGUCACUGGUGUCGUACCUAAGUAAGUUUUAUUACUACGACCCCGAGGAGGAGAUGUACCUGUCAAUCAAAAGCAUCCGGCCGACGCUGGAGGUGCACACGUAGCACAAACAACAAAAACAACAACAUGGCCCCCUUCGCCAUUCACCCGAACCGGGAGGAAGUGCUUAGACCCGUUUGGCCAAUUGCGGAAGUAGGUUGUACAUGUACCAGAUUGUUCACACUUUUUAGCCUAACUCAAUAGUUAUUAGCAUUCGUGUCAUAGCCUGUAACAUUCUACAUUAUAAGUUUAAAUCUAAAUAAAAAAUACUUUGUUUUUUACAUUUUCUGUAUUUAAAAAAUAAAAUAAAACAUGCAGUAUCUUAUACCAUUCAACGUUUUUGAAGUUUACUUUUUAAAUGAAAAUGAAAAAUGAAAAUAAGUCUAAUACUGUAACAUUCAUCUUCUUUUUUUUUUUUUUUUUACAUUUUUGUAAUUUCUUGUAUUAAAACAAAUGUGCGAUAUCUUGUAACAUUUAGCUACAAUCAAGAAAUGUAUUUAAUUUUAAAGAAACAUUAUUUUUAAAUUAUUUAAAUUAAAUGUAUAAAAUGUUGAAAUAAAACUAUUAACUUUCAGUUUUCAUUUGAUGAAUACAAUUUUUCAAGUGUGCCGUUUUAGUAUUUUAAUAUGAUAGAAAUUCAUCCAUCCAUUUUCUGAGCCGCUUCUCCUCACGCGGGUCGCGGGCGUGCUGGAGCCUAUCCCAGCUGUCAUCGGGCAGGAGGCGGGGUACACCCUCAACUGGUUGCCAGCCAAUCGCAGGGCACAUACGAACAAACAACCAUUCACACUCACAUCCACAUCCACACCUACGGACAAUUUAGAUUCCCCAAUUCAUGCAUGUUUUUGGGAUGUGGGAGGAAACCGGAGUGCCCGGAGAAAACCCACGCAGGCACGGGGAGAACAUGCAAACUCCACACAGGCGGGGCCGGGGAUUGAACCCGGGUCCUCAGAACUGUGAGGCUGACGCUCUAACCAGUCGCCCACCGUGUCGCCCUGUAUUACUUUAAUUAAAUGUAAAUGAAAUGUUAAUUGAAUAAAUUGUGUAAGAGCUUUUAACAUUUAACGUUUGCAAAAUAUUUUUUAAUUGAAAGUAGUGUAAUAUCUUGUAACGUUUGACUGUAAAUGUUUUACAUUUAUUUGUUUUUUUCAAAAAGUGUGCCAUUUUUGUAUUUUUUUUUUAAAUACAUGGAAACAUCCAUCCAUUCAUCCAUUUUCCGUACCGCUUAUCCUCGCUAGGGUCGGGGGGUGUGCUGGAGCCUAUUCCAGCUAUCUUUGGGCGAGAGGCGGGGUACACCCUGAACUGGUCGCCAGCCAAUCACAGGGCACAUAGAAACAAACACACUCGCACUCGCAUUCACACCAAUGGGUAAUUUCGAGUCUUCAGUGAGCCUACCAUGCAUGUUUUUGGAAUGUGGGAGGAAACCGGAGUGGCCGGAGAAAACCCACGCAGGCAGAGGGAGAACAUGCAAACUCCACACAGGCGAGGUCGGACUUGAACCCGGGUCCUCAGAAUUGUGAGGCCGAUGUGCUAACCAGUCGCCCACCAAAUUUAAUUGAACAGAAAUUUUUAUUGAAUAAAUUGAGUGAUAUGAUGUAAUUUUCAAUUUUGUUUCUAUAUUUUUAAAUAAACAUUUGUUUCUUUUAAUGUUUGACUUUAUUUUGGACUUUUUUCUUAAUUGUUUUUGCAUUUAGAGUGCGUAAUAGCUUGUCAGGUUUAACUUCGAAAUAAUGAAUUUUUAUCACAUAACUUUAUUUUAAAAUAUAUUUUAUUUUAAAAAAUGUGAUAUAUUCAAUAAUAUAAAUAGAAUAACUUCGUAAAUGUAAUAUCAAAUAAUAUUUGGAUUUUUUUUACAUGUUUGUAAUAUUUUUAGAUAAAAAAUAAAUAAAAAAGUAAAAUAAAAUAAACAUUAAAAAAUGGCAUCUUGUAAUAUUCACAUUUAAAAGUGACCUAAUGCUUUAAUUAGAAGAACGAACAUCCGUAUAUGAUGAUAAUGAUGAUGAUAAUGAUAAUUGUUGUUCUUAUUGCAGGCUGCUUCGUGGAGGCCUGAGUGGAAUGAGCGGUCGCUGGAAGGAGGACCUGUUGCUGCUCCAGCUCCUCUUGUUCUUGUUCUUCUUGUGUGGACUGUCAAUUCAGCACGGAGGAGAAUUUUGCCGGUGCUGGUGUUGUUUCUCAAAGUUCUGCUUGGAGAUCAAACAACAGCUGCACUCAAAAGUGCUUUUUUGGUUUGUUUGUUGUUUGUUUCUUUGGACAACUCCUCCUUUUUCUCUCCAGACUUCUCUUUCUCUUACUCUCUUUCUGUCCAGUGAUGCUCUCAGGGCAGACCCCAGCACCCCCCCACCCCACCCCCACCCCCACCCACACACACACACACACACACAAACACCAUUUAUAAUACACAAACUUUUAUUUUAUGCUUUAUGUUGUCUCCUCAAUGUAAGGAGACCUUCAAAACUCAUACAGCAGCACCCCUGGAAAGUUAAGGGAAAAAAAAGCCCCUGGCACCAGGUCCACCCAUCAACAUGAAAUUGAGUGGACAUGUCUAUCAUAACAGGAUGCACUAAAAAGUCUCAAGGACCCAUACCCAUUUUGGUUUGAAACAGCCAUUUUAGGGUCAAUUUGGCCAUUCACAUGAAUUUUAAAAAAUUAGCCCCUCCCACUAGUUUCACUGAUCGACAUGAAACUGGGUCUGUCACAGGAUGCAUCAAAAAGUCUAAGGACCCAUGCCUGAAGCUUAACAGGAAGUCCCUGACAUCAGUUUCACCAAAUUUACAAGAAAUUUGCUGUACAUUACUAUCAAAAAAGGACACACUAAAAAGUCUCAAGGACCCAAUUUUGAUCAGGAAGUCGGCGAUUUCGAUUGGAUGCAGCAUUGCGCCAAAGUUUGAUGAUCAUCUGGUUGAUCUAAUUAUCUACACUAGAUUGUGGAUUUAAUGAAGUGGCUGCUAAGUGUAUACAUGUCAGUGGUUGACUAACCUUAGAACACAGUGUGUGUGUGUUUGUGUGCCCUAAGUCAUUCACGUGUUGAAUUGUGUUUCCUCGUUCUGUUUCUCACGAGAUGGACACUUUUUUAAAUCAACUUUAAAGCAAAAAAUGAAAACUUGUGACGUCUGGUUUUUUUUGGGUUUGUUUUUAUUUCCUCUCGACUCCAAAUGUCCUCAGCAGAGGUUUCUGUCCAUUUUCUAUCCCGUUUGGGGUUGUAGUACCAGAUCAGGGAUUAAGUAGAUAUCAAAACUCUGUUCACCCCUGUUCAAAUGCCAGGUUUCUGUGGUAUUCAAAAAAUGGGACCGAGAUAAGAUGUUUUUCCACCAUUAAUGUGACCCAUAACCUCUAAAUAUCUAUUCAAAGUAAUCUUUUAGUGAGGGGAAGUAAAAUAAACAACUGCGGUUGUAUAAGUGUGCACACCCUCUUAUGACUGGGGAUGUGGCUGUUGAGAAUUAACCAAUCACAUUUAAAGGGGCAAUCAAUACACACCAUUUAAAGUGCCUCUGAACCCCAAACGAAGUUCAGCUGUUCUAUUAGGCUUUUCUUGACAUUUUUUUGCAUUGUAGCAGAAGCCUGAAGAUUUUGCGCUAAUGAUGAUUGUUCUUUGGAACGUGUCCAUCCACCAAGCCCCCAGUUCAGUUAAAGAAAAACAGCUCCUGUUCAUGAUGCUGCCACCUGUAGGUAUGGUGUUCUUUUGGUGAUGAGCGCUGUUGUUUUUGCGCCAAACUUGCCUUUUACAAAUAUAACCAAAACGCCUUUAAUCUUGUAAUAUUACAACAUUUUAAAAUGUUAUUUUAAUCUCUUAAGAUUGCGACUUUAUCAUAUCAGUAAUAAUAAUAAACAUUGUUCAAUAAAUUUCUCUGACAAUGUUGUCAAUCUAAAGCAAGGUAAAGGCAGAAUGUCUGCGCUUGUGUAGCUACUAAGUGUGAUUGGUCGACGGGUUGCCCAUCUUGUUCAGACCGCCCGCCCCUCAAGUCUCACAUUGGAUCUUCGUCACGUCACUCAAACUUGAGUCCUGCUCUAAUAGGCUGCAAACCCGUGUGGGCAACCUUCAAAGAAACGCUCCGGAGCAAUUUCUCCCCACGCCAUUGGU